CCGGCUGAUUGACCUGCUGCUGGCCUCGCGUCUGCGCGAUCUCCUGGUCCUGGAGGACUCCUCGCAGAAUCCUGAAGCCGGCCUCGUUGACUGGGCCUCCAAACGUGCGCGCAGCGUCAACUCGGAACCGGUGGAUAUUAGGCAGAGCCUGUUGGCCUUCCUCACGCCACGAGUGAUGAAUCAAAUGACCCUAUGGAGCCAAAGCCCCACAAAUAGCGGCUUCGGUAGCCUCUUGGCUCUCACUCUCAGUCAGAUGGCACUGGACCUCUUCGGUUUUGCUGAUCUUCUCUCAGCAACCGCAGCCGAGCGUCUGGGU